AUGAUUGUUGAUGACAUCCAUGAUGAUGAUAAAAAAAUAUUACAAAACAACAGUGAUAAUCCAAAUAAACAAUCAACUGAUAUUGUUGGACAUGACAAUUCACUUGUUAAUUUAACACUUCAAUCAUAUAAUGAUCUACAUUUCAAUGAUAAUAAUUUGAGACGCUCUGAACGAAUUAAAAUAAAAACUUUAUCUAUAAAUGAAAAUAAAAACCAUAAUGUAAUUGAUUUAAGUAGUAAUACGAAUAUUAUAAUGGAUACAAAUGUAACUAAAUUAGACAGUGCAAUAUGUAAACAUUAG